AGCAGCUGCGAAAGCAUUUAACGCCCCCUCCUCCCAUUCCAAAGGUCUCUCUCUCGCAGUCUUUAGCUGUUGGACAAUGACAGUAUCAGGGCUGACACAUGAAGCGAGCAGUCGGCUCAAACGUCAUUUCCUUCACUGCCACAUGCGACCUCGCGCCGAACCAAGAGGACACAACCAAGAGCUGACACCUGUGACUACGGGCCGCCAGGUGUGAACGGUUCCUCACUUACUACGGCUCUCAACCAGAAUCUAGAAACAACAAACCAGAGGGACGCAGAAAAAGAGCUGAGGAGACUCACAUUCUAGAAGAAGAAGGGGCGUGUCAAUGAACGCUUUGGGGAACCUAAAGACAGCUCAUACAGCGCUGCUCCACCAGAGAGAAGAGGGUCUAAAAAAUUAAAUCCUUCAUUCAAACCACAGAGAAGGUAAACUUCACCAUGGAUAUUUUUGGAGGUGCUCCUCGUGUUUUGGGCUACCCCCGCCCUGUGGUAGCACAUAGCGGCUCAGACGCCACACUCAGGUGUCAGAUUGGUGGGGACCCUCGUCCCGAUGUGAUCUGGGAGCGUAAAAACACCAGGGUCGUGUCUGAUGAACACCACAAGCUCUCUGAGGAUGGAAACGCGUACCUGCUGACCAUCACAGGAGUAACUCUGCAGGAUGCAGGCCAGUAUAUCUGCAAGGCCAAAAAUAGCAUAGGUGAAACCUAUGCAGCAGCCUGCCUCAAAGUGGAAGGAGAGGCCCAGCCACAGGAUGGGGGGCAACUGCAAUUAGGAGUCAAUGGUAUGCAGCAACCAAUAAGAGCCAAUAGAGUAUUUGAAGGACACCAGAAUGGCUACUCUACAGCGAAACAUGGUGAACACAGGGAUGAAAAUGGAGAGGCGCUACACGGAGAAAAGCGAGAGGACGAGGAUAGACCCCGAUUCCUCAUCAAGCCCAUCUCUUUGCGCGUGGAUCGGGGAGAAGACGCCGCCUUCUCCUGCAAAAUGUGGGGCAGUCCUCUGCCCGACAUGACGUGGGAGAAAGACGGGAAGAGGCUCAGUGAAAUCUUCGAGAGUGCACACUUCAGCGUGAGCAGUCAAGAUGGCGGCUGGUUCCAGCUCAAGAUCUACAGGACGCGCAUGCCAGACAAAGGCGUCUACACCUGCAGGGCCGCCAACUGCCAUGGCGAGGCCUUGGCAGGAGCCGUGCUGCUGGUGGAGCCGGUGCCGGAACGAGAGGAAGGUAAAAUGUCCUCCAAUGGUCAGGCUCACAGCCAGUGGUCGCCCAAGCACAGGGGCGGGAGGCUCAGUCUGUCGAGGGUUAUCGAGGAGCCGCCCGUCAGAGCGUCUAAAGCCAAGAAGUUUGCCGUGGCGGAGGGGAAACACGCCAAGUUCCGCUGUUUUGUGACAGGGAAGCCCAAGCCAGAGAUCAUUUGGAAGAAAGACGGGGUUCCCUUAGAACCCGGGAGACGCCACCUGAUAUUUGAGGACAGAGAAGGCUACUAUACACUGAAGGUUCUGUACUGUAAGGUGCAGGAUACGGGACUGUAUGUGUGUGCGGCAUCAAACGCUCUCGGAAACACCCUCAGUGCCGUUCACCUGUCCGUCAAAGGCCCAGCGGUGCACUUCAGGCGCCCGUUGCAGGAUGCAGAGGUGAGGGAGCGGGACGUCGCCGUGCUGGAGUGUGAAGUACCCGAUGAGUCGCUCCCGUCCGCCUGGUACCUGGAGGACCAGCGGCUGAUGCCGAGCAGUAAAUACGGGAUGGAGCAGAAAGGCGCCACGCGAAGACUGACCAUCCACGAUGUGGGGACGGACGACGAUGGAGUGUACCUCUGCGAGAUGCCAGACGGAGCGAAGAGCAUCGCAGAGCUGUCUGUUAAAGGCACUAUUGUUCGAAAACUUCCCCGGAAGCUGGAGGUCCUGGAGGGGGAGAACGCUGUGUUCUGUGUGGAGGUGGAGAACGAAGACAUGGAGAUCCACUGGUUUAAAGAUGGUUUGAAGCUCCACGAGACUCAUCAGACUAUCCUCAAGUCUUUUGGCAAAACUCACAUUCUGGUUUUCGUCAGCGUGGCCUAUCAGGACUCGGGGGUGGUGACCUUUGUCGCAGGAAGAUCCAAGACCUCAUCGCGUCUCAAGGUCAAAGCUGCAAGACACUCCCCUCCCAUCUGCCCCGUGGGAGUUAACAUGGACGUGGAGCGACCCAACAGCACCCUGCUCACUUGGGUUGCUGCCCCCAAUAGCCAGACCUCCACCCGGUCCAUGUUUGUUGUGGAGAGACAGGAAGUGGGCUCCCCAGAGUGGCACAAGUGCUUCACCUCAGAGAGCGCCGCCUCAGCCGAGAUCACCGGUGACAGCGUGCCGUCCGAAGGCGACUACCGGUUCCGUGUGUGUUGCAUCAACAAGUACGGCCGAAGCGGCCACGUGGAGUUCCCCAAAGCUGUCCAUCUGGCUCCUGGACCAAAGAUCUGCAGCGGGCUCAAAGGCUGCGAGGUUGUGGAGGGAAAAGACGCUCCCUUUUCCAUCGAAUUGUCCGCCCCAAUGGUCGGAACCUGGUUUCUGAACAGCUCUCAACUGCAGCAUGGCGGACGAUACUCAAUACAACAGUCUGGAACACGACACUCCCUGGUCAUCCGGGAAGCCAGCGCCACAGAGGACACUGCGGAGGUCACGUUCAUAGCCAAUGGAGUCAGGGAUUCAGCUGUGCUCACGGUUAAACCUGCCGUGAUGAAAUUCAGUCCCCUGUCUGACUCAGACAGCAACAAGAGGGUGGACAUGAGUGACCCCAUUGUUCUCUACUGCGAAGUCUCCCAUCCCUUCGCUCAAGUAACUUGGUUCAAAGAUGGCAAGGAGCUGCAGGUGAUCGACGGACUCAACAUCCAAUCGGAUGGGAACAUGAGGAGGAUUGUGAUUCAGUCAGCUGAUGCAUCUCACUCUGGAGUUUAUUCAUGUGAAACUGCAGGAGAUGUCAUCAAAUUCAACGUGGAUGUUGCAGGUCCCCCGGUGGAGUUCAGGCUGCUUCCUGAGGAGGAGCUUCAUAAGAGCAGCAUGGAGCUGGACCCCGUGGUGCUGCUCUGCCAUGUCUCCUCAGACGAGGCCGAGGUCGUGUGGUAUAAGGACGGCUGUGAGAUCCAGCCCACGGACAACAUCACGCUGCAGGCAGAGGGGAGCAUGAGGAGGCUGAUCAUCCGCUCUGCAGAGACCUGGGAUGCUGGCAGCUAUACCUGCAAGGCAGGAAACAGUAGCAUGGAGUUCACAGUCAAUGUCAGAGAGCCUCCAGUGAUGAUCGUGGAACCUAAGGACGAUAUUGUGCUGGAGAGCUUGAUCUCAGAGGAGAUCCAGCUGCAGUGCGAGUUGUCUCGCUCCAGUGGGAAGGUGCGGUGGUUCAAGGACGGCCAGGAGGUGGAGGGAGGCGACAACAUCCAGCUGGUGUGUGAGGGUCCUUACAGGAGGCUGACCAUCCUCAGCGGCUCAGUGGAGGACGGUGGAGAGUAUGUCUGCGAAACAGAUGGAGACUCCGUCUUCUUCCAGCUCAGCGUCAAGGAGCCGCUGGUGAGAAUCAUUUCCCCCAUCGAGUCAGAGCUGGAACUGACUCAUCCGGUCACUGAGAGGCUGGAGCUCAGCUGUGAGAUCUCCCUGGCGGACGCCCCGGUCCGGUGGUAUAAAGACGGCCUGGAGGUAGAGGAGGGUCAGAACUUGUUCCUGGAGGUGGAUGGAGCCCGACGUCGACUGGUUAUUCCCAUGAGCACCAUGGAUGACACAGGGGAGUAUGUAUGCGACACUGAGGAUGACUCUGUGGCCUUCCUGGUCACUAUUGCAGAGCCACCAGUGACGCUUACUCGUCCCAAAAACACACCUGACAAAUUGGAGAGUUUGGCCGGCGAACCGGUAGUGCUGGAGAUCCAGGUGUCCCGGUCAAGCGCUGAAGUUGUGUGGCGACUGAAUGGCAGGGAAGUAGAGGAGAGCAGUAACGUCACCAUCACAAAGGACGGGCUCAUCCAUCGUCUGACGAUUCACUGUCCCAACCCAGAGGAUUCUGGGAAAUACACCUGUGAUGCUGUUGAUGACAAAAUUGAUUUUGAGGUCAAAGUUUCAGAGCCUCCCACAAAGAUCCUGAGAAAGACAGAGAUUAACACAAAUCUUAGAUCCAUGAUUUCUGAUGACAUCGUGCUGGAAUGUGAGCUUUCCCGGGCCAACGGCGUCACCAAAUGGUACAAAGAUAACUGUCGCCUUGAGGGCAAUGAAAGGUUCUGCGAAGAGGAAGAAGGUGCUUUUCGCUCACUCGUUAUCCUCAACGCUGAUCUCGGAGACUCUGGAGAAUACUUCCUGGAUGCCGGAGAUGACAACAUCACCUUCCAUGUUACAGUGCAAGAGCCCCCAGUGACAAUUGUGGGCAACUCAAACGACUCUGACAACCAGGAGAUGGUGGAAGGGGAAGACCUGAUCCUGGCCUGUGAAGUGUCCCGUGCCAACGCCCCAGUCCAGUGGUACUGCAACGACAGGCUGCUGACCAGCGACUCCCGGACCAACAUCGAGAGCUACGGCACCCUGAGGAAAAUUAUAAUCUCAAAUGUCCAGGCAUCCGAUUCUGGGAAGUAUGUGUGUGAUGCUGUGGACGAUAAGAUGAUAAGCGCCGUCAGGAUUCAAGAGCCUGCAGUUAAGUUUGUGAACAAGGAGGACGACGUCGUCGUGACGGGUUACGAAGCGGAGGGCGUGACCCUGACGAGCUACGUGUCAAAGGAAAGCGCUCAAGUGCGUUGGAUGAAAAACUGGACGCCCGUGGAAGGCGAACGUACCCGAGCUCUCACAGAGGGGCACAAACGCACCCUUACCAUUGAGCCUUUGAGGCGCUCUGAUGCCGGCGAGUACACCUGCGAUGCCAGCACGGACCAGGUCCACUUCAGCCUGCUGGUGAAAGAAAUGAGAAUCAAGUUUGUGAGGCCACUCCAAGACACGGUGGCGCAUGCCGACGGUAUGGUGACCCUUCGCUGUGAGGUGUGCAAGCCUAAAGCAGACGUCCAGUGGCUGAGGAACGGCGUGGAGGUGGUUCCAAGCAGGAGGUUCACCAUUCGGGCCGACGGUGUGGAGCGGAGCUUGACCCUCCACCGGUUAACCAGAGAGGAUGCUGGGGAGUACACCUGUGAGUCCAGAGAUCACCGGACCGUGGCGACACUGAGAGUAGAGAUGCCUCGGGUGGUGGAGUUCCUCACAGAGCUCCACAACACCACUGUGCUUGAAGGAGAAGAUGCCACCUUCAAGUGUGUGGUUUCCCCUGAGGAUGUCCAGCUGGCUUGGCUCAUGGACAACGAAGCCAUCCCCCUUGGAGAUCGUUUCCAGGCAAACCAGAACGGCCUGUGCCACACUUUGGUUGUUAAGAAAUGCCAGAUGUUGGAUUGUUCGAAGAUUACAGCGGAGGCCGAGGGACAGAUGAGCAAAGCCAGCCUCAGAGUUCAGGAGGCUCAGGUCAUGUUUACAAAGAAAAUGGAGGCUGUCAUGGCGGAAGAGUUUGGUGACGCCACCCUGGAGACAGAGAUCAGCCUUGAGAUUGGAGAGGUCCAGUGGAUGAGGCAAGGCGUGGUCAUCCAGCCCGGUCCCCGACACACGCUGGCCCAGAGCGGCUGUAAGCGUAGCCUGGUCAUCCAAAACCUCAAUCUGUCAGACCGAGGAACCUAUCGCUGCGAGACCCUGCAUGACCGGACGCAGGUCAAACUCAAUGUAGAACCUCGUAAAAUCUCCAUCCGUAAAGGCCUAACGGAUCAAGAAACCGUUGAGCGAGAGACCGCCUCCUUCGAGGUGGAGCUCUCGCACACAGAUGUGGAGGGAAUCUGGCAGAAGGACGGCAUCCGCGUGAAACCCAACAACCAGUGGCGAGUGAGCACCAACGGGCUCGUCCACGGCCUCACACUGUCCAACCUCACUCUGGAGGACACGGGCACCAUCGUCUUCUCAGCUGAGGGGGUGCGCACCGCCGCCAGGCUCACCGUCAAAGAGACUCCGGUGUCUUUCCUGAAGACGCUAGUUGACGUCCGGGUGGAAGAGGAACUCCCGGCCACUUUGGAGUGUGAAUUCUCCAGACAAAACGUCGAAGUCAAGUGGUACAAGAACGGGGCGGAGCUGAAGCCGGGGAACAAUUGUCGGAUCUACUCUAUGGGCCGCAAGCGGUUCUGUCAGAUCAUGUUGUGCUCCCGGUCCGACUCCGGCACCUACACAUGUGACACAGGGGACAUCAACACUUGUUGUUCACUCGAGGUGUACGAGCAUACGUUGGAGAUAGUGCAUGACCUGGAGGACCUUUACAUUAAGGAGGACCAGAACGCGGUCUUCAUGUGUGAGGUUUCCUUGGAGAAUGUUGCUGGCGAGUGGUACAAAGAUGGCCACAAGAUCCGGCCCACUAGCAGCAUCAAGAUCCGCACCGAAGGGACCAAACACUUCCUACUGAUGUGCAACGUCACUGCCGAGGAUGCUGGGGAAAUCUGCUUUAUAGCUAAGGAUAUUAAAUCCACGGCUUCCUUAGAAGUAGAAGAACUUCCCGUUUGCAUUGUAAAACCGCUGCGAGAUCGAACGGCCUUGGAGAAACACCGCGUGAUCUUGGAAUGCACAGUUUCCAUGCCUCGCUCCAGCGCUGUCUGGUACAAGGGCAGCGAGGAGCUGGUUCCCUCGGAUCGAGUGGAGAUCCUGGCCGACGGAUGCUCACACAAACUGGUUAUCCAGCAGGUGGCUGUGGAGGAUGAGGGCACCUACAGCGUUGAGGUUGGGGAGCACACAUCCAAAGCCAAACUGAUGGUGGAAGCCCAAGCACUCGUCAUGGUCACAGAGCUCGAGGAUGUGGAGGUAACGGAGCCUGAGCCGGCAUCCUUCCAGUGUGAGGUGUCCGUCGCCAUUAACAAGCCGCCCCUCUGGACUCUGAACGGAGAGACCCUUCAACACGGCCCCUCGGUCCGCGUGGAAGACCACGGAAGGGUCCACAAACUCACCCUGAAACAAACCAGCGUGGACAUGAGCGGUGUGGUGAAGUUUACCAUGGGCAAGGCCAAGAGCAAUGCCACGCUCAGUGUAACAGAAACUUAGGGGAAGAGAUAGAAAUGCAAGUGAGUCUGAGACAAAACGAAACUGACAGUAAAAAUGGGACUUUCCCAUCUCAGCCAAACAUUUCUACAUUGAUUUGUCAUGUUUGGAUAACCUACAUUUUCCUGUCCCGGAUUUUACUUCAAAUUGAGGUUAUUUAGCGACAAUAUGUUACUUCAGUCAGGUUGUUCUUUUUUUUUACUGUGUCGUAUAUAUUUAUUCGCCUGAUUUCCGAUUGACUUUAAAUACAUUCUUGUAUUCUGAUGAAAUUUUC